AUGGUUAAACUGGAAAAUACUGCAGAAGAUGGUAACUGCACAAAAUUACUUCAGCAAAAAAUUAUAUUAACGCCCUAUCCAUCAUCAUUUGCACCAUCAAAUAGUUGGUCAAAUAAAGACCUUGAUCCUGUGCCACCUCAUGAUCGAUCAUGGUCAAAUCCAUUUUAUGUUAUUGCUUAUUGGAUAUCAGAUGCAUUUACAGUAUCAACAUGGUCAAUGGCUAGUUCAAUGAUUGCAUUAGGUUUAGGUUGGAAAGCAGCAUUUGCAGCUAUUGUUAUUGGACAUUCAAUUAUUGCUAUACCUAUUUGUCUCAAUGGAUGGGCUGGUGCAUAUUUACAUGUUUCAUUCCCGGUGAUCACACGUGCUUCAUUUGGUAUGAUUGGCAAUUGUUUUGUUGUUGUAUCACGUGGUUUUUUGGCAAUUAUAUGGGGAGCAGUUCAAACUUAUAUCGGUAGUGAAUGUAUUAAACAAAUGAUUAAUGCUAUUUGGCCAAGUUUUCAAACAUUUCCAAAUCAUUUACCGGAAAGUGCAAAGAUUACAUCAGCUGGAUUAUUAUCAUUUUUAAUUUAUUUUCUCAUACCAUUGCCAUUUGUGUUAAUGCCAAUGAGAAAAAUAAAAUGGUUAUUUGUGGUUAAAACAAUCAUUAUGCCAAUAGCUACAAUAACCAUUCUCAUAUGGGCUGUGAAAACAGCAGGUGGUACGGGACCAAUUUUAGCACAAUCAGGUACCAUUAAAGGACGAUGGCCAAUGAUCUGGGCAUGGUUGUCAUCACUGAAUUCAGUGUUAGGUAAUUUUGCUACACUAUCAUGUAAUAUUGGUGAUUUUACACGUUUUGCACGAAAACCAAGUAAUACAUGGAUACAAGCAUUGAUUAUUCCCUUCGCAUUUUCGGCAUUUGGACUCAUUGGUAUUAUUGUUUCAUCGGCAUCAGCUAUUAUUUAA